AUGUUUCGGGAAGUGUUCACUAUUCACGGGUACUGCUGUCAGUUCGACGUUAGUCAUUUCAAAGACUUUGCAGGCAACGACACAAACUUGGCGGCAGGCGUACUCAAGUCAGAGGCGCUGGACAUCAUUGUGGACAGCACGAAGCUGUACAUAUUCGACCAACAGAGUCAGUUGUCACUCCUCGACAGUCCCAUUGCCCUGGUCCCAGCCACAUAUUUUGACGUCAGCAUAGACGUAUGGGUCAUAAAGGCCGAGGAUGAAAUUAAAAACCUACAACUGCGAAAUGACGCACAACGCCAUAUGCGCACCAUCAUAUCAGAGAAGGAGUGCUACCAGACAUGUGACUACGUGCAGUAUGAGACUAAAACAGACUAUACGAAACCAAUGACAUCACGUAAAAAGGAGAACAGCAGUUUCAGUCGCGUUACUGUGCAUUUUGCUGGCAGCAUCUGCGUUAAAUACAUCAGAAAGGUCCGUUACACUUGGGAUCAGAUGUUGGCGAAUUUAGGAGGUAUCUUUGGACUGUGUUUGGGCGGUUCUAUUAUUAGCCUUAUAGAGCUAGUUUGGUUUAUAUUCGAUUUAAUUGCGACAGUUUUUCAUUAUUUACGUACAAAAGAAGAAAAUAAGGUGGUUGUGAAGAAAGCGUGGAAGAAGAAGAGAAAUAGCAUAGUACCUAAAUAUCCGUUUGUUAACUAA